GGUGGGUAUUUAGGGCCGGGCCGGUGGCACCCGGCCCCCCCUGCCCCCCGCCAUGCUGAGCGUGCUGCUGCUCCUGGGGGGCCUGGCCCCCGCCCUGCCCGCUGGUCCCCACUGGACGUACGAGGGUCCCCACGGGCAGCAGCACUGGCACGAGGGGCACCCGGAGUGCGGGGGCCGGGCGCAGUCGCCCAUCGACAUCGCGACAGCGCGGGCACAGCCGGACCCGUCCCUGCCGCCGCUGCGGCCCGAGGGCUACGAGCGCCCCGAGAGCCCCGAGCUGACCCUCGCCAACAACGGCCACACCGCCGUGCUGGCGCUGCCGCCGUCCCUGCGGCUCCGGGGGCUGCCCCGCGCCUUCGCCGCCCUCCAGCUCCACUUCCACUGGGGCCGGCCCGGGCACGCCGCCGGCGCCGAGCACCUGCUGGACGGGCACCGUGCCCCCGCCGAGAUGCACGUGGUGCACUUUGACUCGGAGCGUUUCGCCGAUGCCAGCGCGGCGCAGCAGCACCCGGGCGGGCUGGCCGUGCUCGGCGUCCUCCUGGAGGUGGGAGAUGAACCCCACCCCGCCUAUGACAAUAUCCUGAGGCAUCUCGGCAGCAUCCGCUACGCAGGGCAGAGCGUGGCCAUCCCCUCCUUCAGCAUCCGGGCGCUGCUGCCCGAGCGCCUGGAGCGCUACUACCGCUACAACGGCUCCCUGACCACCCCGCCCUGCCUCCAGAGCGUCCUCUGGACCCUCUUCCCGCAGCCCGUCCGCAUCAGCCGCGCCCAGCUGGAGCAGCUCCAGGGAAGCCUUUACUCCACGGAGGAGGGCGAGCAGGAGGAGCCCCAGCUGCUGGUGGACAAUUUCCGAGCGCCGCAGGAGCUGAACCAGCGCGCGGUGCUCUCGUCCUUCCCCAGGGAGCCAGAGGGAUACUCCACAGGUGAGGUCAUCGCCAUCAUCUUCGGCGCUGUCGCCGGCUGCGUCGCCCUCUUCCUCGCCGUCCACUUUGGGGCCAAGAGGAUGCGCGCGAGGAGGGCGCAGGCACAGGACGUGGUGUUCAAGGCUUCCUCCCGCCGCUCGCCCAUGGAUGCUGGACACUCCCGCUGACCCGGGCUGGGCUGGGCUGACCCGGGCUGGGAGGGGCCGGGCUGGGCUGGGAGGGGCCG